UUCUCUCUCUGUCUCUCUCUCUCUGUACAACCGACAACAGAAAACCCACCCCUUGUCUCUCUCCCCCUCUUUUUCUACCACCUGUUUUCUCUUUCUUUCUUGAAACUCCACUUGUCUUCUCUUUCCCUAUGCUUUCUUUUUCAAAUUCCGUGGGGGCUUUGUCUUAAACAAGCACGCAAACGCAGAGCAAAAAUGGGGAAGUUCAUGAGGAAGUCGAAGACAACAGGAGAGCGAGCCCUCGUGGAAGCCUCUCUAGGCGUACGUACAAGGGCCAAAACCCUAGCUUUGCGACGUCUCAAGAAAUCCGCGGCUGCACCGCUCUCUACGGCGGCAGCGGUGGCGGACUCCGAUGGGUCCUACCUUCAGCUCAGAAGUCGACGGCUAGAAAAACCCCAAAUCGUUGUGGCCAACAUCGAUGCAAAAAGACAGAGACAGCAUCCAAAACAGAGCAAUUUGCCAAACCCUAGGCAAGAAAAGGUAAACCAAAACCCUAGUUCUAAAACGAGUUCGAGGUUGAGAGUUGGGUCUUCUGCCAAUUCUGGGUCUUUUGGCGAAGAAAAUGGUUGCAUGCAGGCGGGGGACAAGAUGGUGGGUAAAGAGGAGGGUUGUUUGGAUACAGAUAAUCAAGAAAUUGACAACAAAGAAGAGAGUGGUGAUAGGGUUCUUGAAGCGUCUUUCGGAGAGAAUAUGUUCGAAUUUGAAGGUAGAGAGAGGAGCGCUAGGGAGACCACACCAUUUAGUUUGAUAAGGGAUCCAGACAACAUCAGAACUCUUGGUUCUACUACUAGUCCUACCAGUUCAACUGAGGCUAAUGGUAUAAUUCAAAAUUCAAUGGAAAGACACAUUCCAAUGGCACUUGAAAUGGAAGAGUUUUUUGCUGGUGCAGAAAAAGAGCAGCAAAGACAAUUUGUUGAGAAGUACAACUUUGAUCUCGUGAACGAGAAACCCCUUCUGGGCCGUUAUGAAUGGGUAAAGAUGGAGCCUUGAAAGAUGUUAGUGUUUCAUCAUGACUUACUUUUCCUACAAAUGCUCAGUUCAUCUCAAGCUUGGGAUAGUUUAGAACAGUUGUGGGAAUUGCUUUUAGUUUUCAUGGUGGUGGUAUAUUUCCAUUUUCCGCCACCCUUCUUUUACUUGUAGAGAAAAGUAGGGCUUUCAACUAGAGUAGAUUUUAGACCAAUGAUCUGUAACAUAACAAAGCUUGAAAAUUAACAGCAAAUAUAACCAGACCCUUUGUCUAACAGAUCAUUUGAGAGGGAAAGGGUAAAUAGUAUGAUAGUUUGGGGGUUCAAUGAUUUAGGUUAGUGCAAGUAGUACAGAAAGUUAACUAGAUAUCUGUUGAUAUUUUGUACUGAUGGAACUUCAAGAAUCAAGAACCCUUCUGAAUAAACAUUACCCAUUUCC